AAAGGAGGCGUUGCCCUCCCCUCCACACAACACAUCAGCUGCAAAUUUAUGCAGAGCAGCAGAAUCAGUGCCGCCGUCCAGCACGGAGGAUCCAGCGGGGAGAGGCGGCGCCGGCCAGCUCGCUCCUACAGCCGGGAAGGCCGCUGAGUCGCUCGGACUCGUUGUGCUGCAGGCAGCCGGUUCGGGAAGAGGAGGCGGGGGGAGAGCCGCAGCUGAAACGCCAUGGAGACGAGCGGCGAGCAGAACCAGCAGGGAAGCUCGCCCAACGGGAGCUCUGCGUCUGGAACAAGCCCCCGCACCUCAGCAAUGAAUUCCAUGUCUCUGUAUGAGCGACAGGCUGUGCAGGCCCUGCAGGCGCUGCAGAGACAACCCAACGCGGCUCAGUACUUCCAGCAGCUGAUGCUGCAGCAGCAGAUCAACAACGCCCAGCUGCAGAACCUGGCUGCCGUGCAACAAGUGAAGGCAACUCUGGCCGCCAGCCGUCAGUCCAGUCCCUCCAGCAGCAGCAGUAGCUCUUCUCAGAGCACCAGCACCUCCUCUGUGAGCGUAACAUCUGGAUCCACAGCCAGCAGUCGUCCUUUGGGCACCUCUGCAACCUCCACCAUUAGCCAGUCGGUGCUGCUAAGUGGGACGGCAGGAGGGCAGGGUCAGAUGUACCUGCGGGUCAACCGCUCCCUCAGGGCUCCCAUCUCCUCCCAGCUGAUCUUCAUGCCCAGCAGCACAGGAACUGCAGCCGUGGCAGCUCUGCCGCAGCAGCAGGAGGCGACUCCUGCUUUGUCCUCCAGCAGCCAGACCGACAACGACCAGGUGCAGAAUCUGGCCAUGAGGGGUGUGUCCAAUCCCAAAGGUGUGGGUGUGAAAACUGAAGCCCCAGAGAGGAACGAUGCAGCUGCCUUUUCCCUGGUCCAGCCCUCGCAUCAGUCAACCCCCCAGUCUCCCACUAAACCAAGCCCCCAAACUCCCCACAUCAAAAUUCCCACUUACCCUCAGCCCACCAACCUCAAAGCCCAUCCCACAUCAUCCGCUGGUGCAUCGUCGUCCUCUUCAUCCUCCACCUCCUCGAUCCCUCUCUCGCAGCUCUUGCUCCAUGGAACCCGGACGCUGACCACAGGGAGCACAGCCCCCACCGCCGCCCACGCCCUGGUGCUGACAUCCAGCGCUGCGUCGCAGCCUCACGGUUACCCAGUCGGCACAGCCACCAUCAAACCAGCGGUCAGCACUCAGACUCUGGUGGUGCAGCCUUUGCAGAAAACCUCCAUCGGAACGGAGAAGUCAGGUCACGGGAACGCCCCCAUUCCCAUCCAGCCAAAAACGCUGCAGGGGCUCCGCCUCCCUCUGCAGCUGCCCUCAAGGAACCCUCCUCCAAUCCUCCCAGCCCCGCCUUCUUCCAGCAGCUCCGCCCUGACUUCUCAGCCCCCACACAUCCCUGUUCAGAUAGUGGGGGCCAGGCAGAGCUCACUAGGGGGCGCUCAGGCUCUGGCUUUGGCCCGGGGCAGCUGCAAUCAGGAGGGGGCAGCCGUCCUCAGCAGUUCGUCCAGCCUGCUCACCAUGGUGGCGUCCAUUGCUUCCAGGGAGGCUGGGGUCGUGGGUCGAGGGGUGGGGCUGAAGACGUUUCAGUCUCCCCAGGAGGCCCCCCUGCUGGCUCAGGUUCCCCAGGUGCAUCCGCAGGCCAAUCAGAACUCUGGACAGAACCAGAACGGACUUGUGGCGCUAAACUCCGCCUCCUCCCAGACCCCUGCAGUUUCAUCUCGUUCCCCUUCACAGCCCCGCCCCACCGGCUCGCUCCCCCCGCUGUCUGAAGAGCAGAAGAGAGCUGGGGUGACUGCCAACGGAGACUCUUUGGGGAGUCACACCCCGCAGGUAAAGCAGGUCCCCGCAUCACUAAAAAGAAAAUCUGACUCCAAUUCACCAAAUGAUGAAGAUGCCCCCCCUCCCCCGCGGCUGCAGGCAGUUAGAGACUGCGCCUCAUCAUCCCCCGCCAAACCUGCGUGUGCAGGCUCUCCUCUUCCUCCAGCAUCUCCCUCCCCCACGCCAGCGCUCUCUGUGUCCCGUGGACCCUGCGGGCAGGGGGAAAAGGCCCCGCCUCCUCAGGCUGUGGUCAAACCCCAAGUUCUCACUCACCUGAUAGAGGGCUUUGUUAUUCAGGAGGGGGCGGAGCCUUUCCCGGUGUGUGGAACCAUGAAAGACUCGGCGGGUGAGGAUGUGUCACUCGACAGUCCAGACACUAAUCAAUCCGAGAAUGUAACCACGGCAACAGUGCUGAAGUGUGAAUACUGCAAAAACUUUGCUCCAGCGAGUCAGUUCAGAGGAACCAAAAGGUUCUGCUCCAUGUCUUGUGCAAAGAGUAUGUAUUGGUUCCCCAGGUACAACGUCAGCUUCAGGCAGCACAUGCCCGUGCGGCAGAGCCACGGCCAGCGUCGGGGUCCGGAGCACAUCGCGGCGCCGGAGCAAAGCCAAGCGCAUUUAUCCAACUCGGACGAGGAGGGAGGAAUCGCAAGGAGGAGGGUUCCCCGCCGGACCAGCUCUGAGAUCGCCAGCGCCAAGAUAGCAGGGAGACCCAUUCCUGUCAAGUGUCGGUCAGAGUCCAGCCAUUCAGAGGAGGAGUCCACUGCAGAGGAGGAUGAAGACGACCCGCUGUCACUCUCCCCUGCCUCCUCGGCCUCCUGCCACCAGCCGCCGCCGCCGCCUCCUCUGCCGCCAGAGAGCUCCGCUCCCAGCUGCCCGCCCUCCAGCCCCGCCCAGUGGAGCGUGGAGGAAGUGUCGCAGUUCAUUUCUUCACUUCAAGGCUGCGAGGAUCUGGCCUCAAUGUUCCUGUCGCAGGAAAUCGACGGCCAGGCGUUGCUGCUUCUGAAGGAGGAGCAUCUCAUGUCCACCAUGAACAUUAAGUUAGGCCCCGCCCUAAAGAUCUGCGCUCACAUCAACAGCCUGAGAGACUAAAUGGAACCGCGUUCAGACACUCAGACGAAGCGCCAAAGGUCCCGCGUACGAAGGAGCCGCUCCCGCCUGCACGUCUGUCUGAGGUUCUUCUGCAGAGAAGGUCCAGGUUUUAUCCUCCCAGCAACAACGGAGUUAAAGUCGACGCGCUCAGAUAUGGUUAAGGAAAGGGCUCCUCUGAAGCCUUCAAUCUGAGCCUUUAGUUUGAAAGUCAAAAGAAAAGGAAACAUUGAAGAAAGAAAUCACUUGAAGCUUUAAUUUGAUGCAAAAUUUACUCCAGUUAUUUGAGAACCAACACUUAACCUGGUUCAUGAACCCACACAGAAGGAAAGAUGUCCCCGUUUUUGAAUGAAUGUGGUCAGGAAAACCGUCAGUCUCACUUGUGAUGUUCGCAUAGGGACUUGUGUGUUCAUCAUCUGUGGAUGGUGGUGGUUCUGCACUGAACAGGGUACGGAGCGAGUUACAGGGUACGAGUCCAAACCCCCCCCCAGGUCCCUAAAAGCUUCUGCAAGUCGGGAGUCAACCUCAAAAAGAAAAGGAAUACCAUCUAAAGUUGCGUGGAUUAUCUGGAGCGUCUUUGUGAUUUUCUCCAUUUGAGGAUGCCAAGAGACCUUGAGCUAAACUGUAGGACAUGUAAAGUUUGCCUUUUUCUAUUUAAUUGCACAUUUUGUUGCUGGACCGCCUCGUCUGAGCUUUUUUUCUUACGUAGAACUGUGUUCAUGUUUUCUGUGAACCUGGUGGCCUUUCUUUCUAGUCUCUAGAUUUUAGAUGAGGAUUGUCUUGUUUGUUUGUUUUCUUUUGUAAAGCUGCAUUACAUAUCAUUCCUUUUUUUCUAUCAGUGCUUAAAGUUUUUUUUUUUUUUGUUUUGUUUUUACAAACUCUGGUGACUGAGUCUGUUGCCUUUUUCCAAAACGUGACUGAAAAGUAGCGACCUUUAUCAAGGAACCUGGUCUUCCUCAUAGCUUUGUCACGUAGUGUGUAACUACAACCAGUAUUUAGCUUUCUAACCGAUCUCUCUUUAUUGUUAGUGACUGUGACUCCUGAAGCCUUUUUUUUUUUAAAAAGGUCAUCCUUGACAGCUGUGCGUUUUUAUUUCUGCCCCUUCAGGAUUUGGGGUGAAUUGUGAGCCUCAAAUAUGUCAUUUGGCAGAUUGUUAAGACUUUUGUUUCUGUUUGUCAAAAAAAGUCGCCUCAAAUUUUGUUUUUCUAUUUAUAAAAGCGGAAUUGCAGAACUGAAUGUGUUGCAAUAAAACUGUAAAAUCCUGGAAGAGGCUGCUCACAUGGAGAGGUUGGUACUUUACUGCUAAUAAAGAAUCAAGGAGCUGUUUUGAAA